CAGGCCAGCAGGUGGAGCGGUGCUGGCUCCGUGUGCGCGGCGGCCCCGCUCGUCCCGGCUGCCCGGGUACUCGGCGGCUCCGCUCCCGCCUCACCGCUGCCCGGGUGCGCGGCGGCUCCGUCCUCUCCCGGGGCAGAGCGCGGGAGGCGGCGGCCCGCAGCUCCCCUCAGCUCAGCUCCGCUCCGGCAAUGGCUUUCGCCAAUUUCCGCCGCAUCCUGCGCCUCUCCACCUUCGAGAAGCGGCGGUCCAAGGAGUACGAGCACGUCCGCCGCGACUUGGACCCCGGCGAGGUGUGGGAGGUGGUGGGCGAGCUGGGCGACGGUGCCUUCGGCAAGGUCUACAAGGCUAAGAAUAAGGAAACUGGAGCUUUAGCUGCUGCCAAAGUCAUUGAGACAAAGAGUGAAGAUGAACUGGAGGAUUACAUGGUGGAGAUUGAAAUUCUGGCAACCUGCGACCACCGGCACAUCGUCAAGCUGCUGGGAGCCUUUUAUUGGGAUGGCAAGCUCUGGAUCAUGAUUGAGUUCUGCCCAGGCGGGGCGGUGGAUGCCACCAUGCUGGAGCUGGACCGGGGCCUGACCGAACCUCAGAUCCAGGUGAUCUGCCGCCAGAUGUUGGAAGCUCUCCGCUACCUCCACAGCAAAAAGAUCAUCCACCGUGACCUGAAGGCAGGCAACGUGCUCCUCACUCAGGAUGGGGACAUCAAGCUUGCUGACUUUGGAGUGUCUGCCAAAAACAUGAAAACCUUACAGAAGCGAGACUCCUUCAUUGGGACCCCUUACUGGAUGGCCCCGGAGGUGGUGAUGUGCGAGACCAUGAAGGACACUCCAUAUGACUACAAGGCUGACAUCUGGUCCCUGGGAAUCACACUGAUUGAAAUGGCUCAAAUUGAGCCCCCUCAUCACGAGCUCAACCCCAUGAGAGUCCUGCUGAAGAUUGCCAAGUCCGACCCCCCCACGCUCAACUGCCCUUCCAAAUGGUCUCCAGAGUUCAGAGACUUUCUGAAGACGGCGCUGGACAAGAACCCAGAGACCCGUCCCAGUGCUGCCCAGCUGCUGGAGCAUCCCUUUGUCAGCAAGGUGACCAGCAACCGGGCCCUGCGUGAGCUGGUGGCUGAGGCCAAGGCCGAGGUGAUGGAGGAGAUCGAGGACAGUCGGGAUGAAGCAGAAGAAGAUGACUCGUCAGAGUCUGCCUCGCCCCCUGGUAAGCACAAGCGGGACCCCUCUGAGGCGAGUCAGAUGAGUUUUGAUGGGGAGAAGCCUCUGGACUCUUCCUUGCCCAAGACAGUAAAUGGGUCUGUAGGGACUGGCAACGAGACCACAGGUGGACAGAGCAAUAAAGUCUCAGAUGAAGGGAUAAGCAGUGACAAUGACAAACUGGAGAACAACCACUCCGCAAAACACCCUGCCAGCUCUGCCACCUCGGCUGCCCAGGGCAAGCCAGACAUCAUCUCCCAGCCUGGACAGCUGGGUAAGGAAGUGGAGGAGGAGAAGCAGCAUGGACCAGGCAGCAAGGAGCGGAAAAGCAUCGGGGAGCAGCCAGAGAGCAGCCACCUGGAGAGCUUCAUGGAGGAGAAGCUUGCCAAUGGGAGCUUGGAUCCCUCAGCUCCCUUCCCCAGCUGCAGGUCCAAAAGGGAUUCAGAUUCUGGCAGCACUUCAGCCUCUGAAAGCAUGGACCUCACCAUCUCCCUGUCUGCUGACCUGUCCCUCAACAGAGAGAGUGGCUCCAUCUCUCUGAAGGAUUCCCAGCUGCACAAGAAGACGCUGAAGCGCACCCGCAAGUUCGUGGUGGAUGGAGUAGAGGUGAGCGUCACCACCUCCAAGAUCAUCAGUGAGGAUGAGAAGAAGGAUGAAGAGAUGAGAUUUCUCAGGCGCCAGGAGCUGCGAGAGCUGCGUCUCCUGCAGAAGGAGGAGCACCGAAACCAGGCCCAGCUCAACAGCAAACACCAGCUGCAGCUGGAGCAGAUGCUCAGGCGCUUUGAGCAAGAGAUGGCGACAAAGAAGAAGUUCUACGACACUGAACUGGAAAACCUGGAACGGCAGCAGAAGCAGCAGAUUGAGAAGAUGGAACAAGAGCACUCGCUGCGCCGGCGGGAGGAGGCCAAGCGCAUCCGCCUGGAGCAGGAGCGGGACCACGUCAAGUUCCUGGAGCAGCUGAAGCAGAUGAAGAAGGAGGUCAAGAACGAGGUCGAGAAGCUGCCGCGGCAGCAGCGCAAAGGGAACAUGAAGGUGAAGAUGGACGACUUCGCCCAGAAGAAACAAACCAUGGAACAGGAGUUUUUGGCCAAGCAGAAGGAGGACCUGGAGUUAGCCAUGAAGAAUAUAACUGCCCAGAACAAGAGAGAGAUCUGCGACAAGGAACGCGAGUGCCUCAACAAAAAGCAGCAGCUGAUGAGAGACCGGGAGGCAUGCAUCUGGGAUCUCGAAGAGCAUCAGCAACAGGAGAAACACCAGCUUGUCAAGCAGCAGCUAAAGGACCAGUAUUUCCUCCAGAGACAUGAGUUGCUGCGGAAGCAUGAGAAGGAAAGGGAGCAGAUGCAGCGGUACAACCAGCGCAUGCUGGAGCAGCUGAAGGCUCGGCAGCAGCAGGAGAGAGCCCGGCUCCCCAAAAUCCAGCGCAGCGAAGGCAAGACGCGCAUGGCCAUGUACAAGAAGAGCCUUCACAUCCACUCCAGCGGCAGCGCCUCCGAGCAGCGGGAGAAGAUUAAACAGUUUGCUCAGCAGGAAGAGAAGAGGCAGAAGGCAGAGCGGCUGCACCAGCAGCAGAAGCACGAGACGCAGCUGAAGGACAUGCAGGCCCAGUGCGAGAGCAACACCAACGAGCUGCAGCAGCUGCAGAAUGAGAAAUGUCACCUGUUGGUUGAGCACGAAACCCAGAAGCUGAAGUCCCUGGAUGAGAGCCACAACCAGCACAUGAAGGAGUGGCGAGACAAGCUGAGGCCACGGAAGAAGGCCCUGGAGGAUGAGCUGAACCAGAAGAAGCGUGAGCAGGAGAUGUUCUUCAAGCUGAGUGAGGAGGCAGAUGGACAGACACCCGCAUCCCCAACCAAACAUGCCAAGUUCGUCCCGUUCAGCUCCUCAGAAAGCUCGUAACGCCCUGCAGCUGGCAGGCCACCAGCUGGGACUUGCUCUGUCCUCCUGGGAUACAAGUGGGCAACUUGGAUUUGGAAGAUCCUCUCAGCAGCCUCUUUGUACAACAGCACCCUCCUGUCCCCUCACUUCUCUCUGGGAUAAACGUGGCCACUGUCCUGCACUGGAGGACCCUGACUGGGAGAUGUGAUGGCUUUUGCAGGACCUGGCCUGCUGAGCACAGCUGCAGGCUGGGAUGCUGGGCAGGACCCUUUCUGCACUCAUACUUGCACUGUAAACUGGAUGCGUCGCCUCUGGCGUGAGCCUGGUGCUCACUGGGCUUGGCAGCUCAGACUGAGGCAAUAACUGCUCUGAGGAGGAGAAGCAGGUGAUGGCUCCUGCCUGCUGUGCAGGGGCUCUCAGCCUCUCUCCCCACUGUGGUUGCACCUCGUCUAAGUCCCUCUGUAAGGACUGACCUGGGGCAGAGCAGUUUUGGCAUUACUUUAGGCUAACCUUGGCCUCGUCCUCCCCCAAUGCUUACCUUAGAUUUUUUUACUCAAGGGAGAGUGAGUGAUGUGGAAUUUUUGGUUUUGCCCUUGAGGAGGGAAAGGAUGCUUUUUUUUCCCCCUUUCCUCUUCCUCCCCAUGCAGACUAUGCAGAAAAGGGACCAGAUGGACAUCCUCCCAAAGACGCUUCUGCUUCUUCCUUGGCCAGGAUUGCUGGCGCCACAGUCCCUCUGGCACCUAGCUAACACUAUCUUAUCAGAGACUGGGCUGUGACAUAAUCAUACUGUUCAGCUGGCUGCAGGCUUUUGUCUCUCAAAGAAGUGGAUGUGGAUGUGCAGAGGAGGAGGUUUGUCACGGUGCUCAGUCCCGUGGUGACACAGUGAGCUGUUGGUCAGUCAUGUGCCUUCUGGUAAGGGCAAGUGAAGAGCUGAAGGGUGUUGUUGCCAGAGCUCUCAUGAUCACACAUGUGCUUGAGAUUGACCUUUUUUUUUAGUGUUAUGUACUUGUGAGCCCUGUGGGUCAGCCAGCCUGGCCACUCUGCUCUGGGCUUCAGAGCAUCAUUUGGAAGGAAUAAAGGAGUCUUGAAACAAGGGAUGCAAAGGCAGAGGAGAUGCAAAGGCCAGGUCACAGUGCCUUAUUGCUCUCAGCAUCACUUUUCCCACUGAUGUCUCAUCUUCUUAGGAUGUGCCACAGUUUCUUGGAUGAUUCUCCUGGCCCUCAGCCUGGAGUCAUGCUGCAGAGUGGAGAGCAGUGGCAGGGCCAGCCCUCUGCCCCUGCUGCUCUGUGGUGACGUGUCUCAGUUGGGCUUCCUUUCUCCACCUGCACAAGGCAGUGCUGGGCUGAGCUGCUGGGUAGGACCCAGAGCACUGACCUAGGUAGAGGGACAGAGACCUCACUGGGCAGCACCUUCUUCACACAACCAAAAGGUGUGAGGUAGCACUUCAGUUUUUCUCUCUGAUCUCUGGACAGCAUUGUUUGUUUUAGACCUGCUUCCCUAGCAAGAAAAAGCAUUUCUGCUUUAAAAAAAGUCAUUUUAAACUCUCACCUGUUGAUUUAGGGACCUGUUGGCAUUUCAGGAAAAGGUGGUGUGUGAAGUGCUACGCUUCUUUAGGUACACAGCUGAAGGAGUCAGUCCCCAGGACUUUAACACUUCUUGAUUUGAGGAGUGAGUGCAUUUACUAGCCAUUUAGAGUUCAUAAUACUUAUUUAUAAGCUUCCUGCAAACUAGCAAGACUGCAUCCAUUUGGGCUGUUACCAGUUUGUUCUGAAUCCCCAUCAUUAACACCUCUAUUAAUAAACAACCCAGAUGGACAUCCAAGGGCUGGGACCCUUUGUAAGCAGCCUGCAGAGCAGCUUUUCAGUAGUGCCUGUCCUAGGUAGACUGUCUGUCCCACCUCCAACAGCACUGACCGUGCCUUUCAGAGGAGAUAGCACCAGCUUGGGACCUGAUUUAAGAUCCAUGACUGAACCUUUUAAUUGCAGCAGAAAUGUGUUACAGCAGCCUCACUGACUUUUUUCCUGCUCCUGGUGGGGUUAGGCUGGAACUAUUCCAUGAAAUGGUUGUCACAGAACCCAGUACCUGGUGUGCUGCCUGUCCUUCAUGUGGUUUGCAGAAGGGUGUCCUGCACGUACUGUUCAUACCAGACCUCCUCAGCUGAAGGGCAUUGCCAUCUCUACCUUCUUCACCAGCUCAGGUGGAGUCACCUCUCUCUGGAUGUUAUGCAGCCAUGAGGAAGGAGACUCUGGGGGCUUUUAAGGAGCAGAAGUGGAUGCCCCUGUGGUAAAUCGGUUGUCCUUUUCUCCAGUCAAGCUGAUUUGCAGCCUGGAGCUAGCAAAGUGGUUUUGCUUUUGCUAACAGAGAGUUGGAAUGGUUUUGUCUCCUGCCCUUUCCCUUUUCUCUGUUCCCUCUCCAGGUGUGCCUGGGCUCUAGCACCAUGUCCCUCUCCCAGAAGAGAGCAGGGAGCGUAUCUUCUGAUUUGUCAUGUUUACAGAGUGAUUAUAUAUUUCCCCCUUCCCAAACCAGGAUGUUUUCGUUGUCUCCUGUUCAGAAGGAACCGUGACUAAACCCAGCUUGGUUUUGGGGGGAGGUGCUUUGCCAUUUUAAGAAGAAUGUGGCUUUGAAUAAAAAGGUGUUUUAAUACUUUGUCAAGUGCCUUCAGUGGGGCCACCACUAUGAUGUAAAGACUCUUCUAAUAAAGUAACAGACUUGAGGAACCCA